AUGGCCGGAACUGAUGUUUCAGGGAUACCAACUUUUAAGCUGAAACUUCUUGUCGACAAGGAGAAGAACAAGGUUGUCUUGGCCGAAGCUGGUAUGGAUUUUGUUGAUGUAUUCCGUAGUUUUCUGGCGCUGCCAAUGGCUACCAUUGUGAGAUUGCUGGAGAAAUAUGAGCCGGAUCUAAAGCCUCGAAUAGGCUGUUUCAACAAUCUCUACGAAAGUGUCUCUGAUUUGCCCGUUGAUGAUUUCAUGAGGGAAGCUUGUAAGGGUAUGCUUUUGUACCCGGAGAAGCAAUGCAGACAGCUUCAUCUUAACCUAGAUGAUGAUACCGAGUGUACUGAUGACAUAUUCAAUCUUAACACCGAGUGUGAUAAAAUAUCUGUCAUCGUCACCGAAAAUAUGCAAGUUCAAGUUGCUUCUACUCUUCUCAUCGUGAAUAUACUUAAUGGACUUGGUUAUAAAAAUCAUGACAUGCUGGAGAAGAGGUCUGUAGAUGUUGAUCACAAGGAGGCUCUAUCUCUGCUCCAUUGCUUGCUCUACUCAGAAACUCCUUUGACUGAUGUCUUCUUGAAAAAACUUAGCUCUUGUGGUAUACCAAGAUUGCCUGACAUGCCAACCCUCACUCCCGUGCAAGGUAGAGGUAUGGCAGAACCAAAACAAGUUGUGUCACUCACUGUACUUGUUAGGAAGCAGGACAAGAAAGUUAUUUAUGCUGAAAGCGGACCUGAGUUUGUGGAUCUACUUUUCCUUUUCCUGGCUAUCCCUUUGGAGUCUGUGUGGGAUAUAACUAGGAGCAAUACCAAACUGGGAUGCGUUGACAACUUUUGUACAAGCAUGAAGAGCUUGUUCUCUAGCGGAAAUGUAGUUUCCACAUGUAUGCUUCCUCCUCUGGAAUAUAGUUUCCGGAAAUCGUUGCUUGGUGUCCCUUACAAAAUGAAUAAUUUCAGUGAGUCACCUUAUUACAAAUAUAUAGUAACAGAAAGUUAUGAAGCUGAAGAGACAUGGGAAUGUGAUGAUCUCAGUGGCUUUGUGAAGAGAUGUGCAAGAUAUAUGAUCUCAGAUGAUCUUACCAUCACAGCUGCACACUCGUUUUCGACAAUCUCCUUUGUGAUGGAGUUGAACGUGGACUUUGAUGACAUGGAGUCAUAUACAAUCAACAUUAGCAAAACACAGAUUAAUAAUAGUGAAUCCGUCUGA